AUGGCGAGAGACAACCGGGAGCAAAGUGAUUCGUGAGAAACAUUUCAGUUAUAUUUUUAUGUUUAAAGAAAAAUAAAAAUUUUCAUAAGCCGACCAAAUUUCAGUAAAAAAUACAAUAUCCAUAAUUUGAUUUUUGUUUGUACGUCUUGUAAGCAAAGAAAUUAUAUUGUUUUCCGUGUGAGUGAAUUGAGCCAUGUCAGCCAUAUGGGACAAAAUGUGUGAAGUGUUCGCGUUGCUGGUUCGGCCGACGCGACGGAAAACCCGCGUGACAUUCAGUCCUAGCACUCUACAUCGUGAAAUCAUACGGCACACCAAACUAUCGGCUUCCACGAAUCCCUUUUUCAACUUCCUUGCCGAGGUGCGUAUGAAAGCCAAUGGUGGGCGACUAAUGCACCCAGGCUGUGGUUCGAUGUCGCCGCGGGAAAGCGCUCGUAUCGCCAAGACGGCAGGCCGCAUAUGGAACUCUAUGACUGAUGAACAAAAGCAGCCGUAUCGAAGCAUUGCGAUGGAGCAGCGGAAGCUGAAGAGGCUGCGGCGAAGGCGUUCCAACUCAUCUGCACGCAGACGAAGAACAACAUUGCAAAGCAAAACGCCAGUCGAGUGCAAAUUCCUUUUACCGCCGCAGCCCACACCUGAAGAAGAUACAUAUGUAAAUGCGGCUUCCGAGGAUUGAAAUAGUGUUGUUGAUGCCUUCAGGACAGUUCGGAUGGAGCGGAGAUAAAAAUUGUGUGCAGAUUUAAUGUUGUAACUCUCUCCUAUUUUCCUAAAAUGUUGUUGUGUAUCCUCAAUUUUAUACAGCUCUUCUUCCUGCACCUCUUGAUGUCGCAGGCAAUCGGUAAUAAAGUGGUUCAUUAAAACAUAUCAGAAA